AUGCCGAGAGUAGGUGGAACAUCUCGAGUUUUGCGAAGCCACCGACGGUCUCCCGCGCUCAUAAGAAUUCCAGAUUGCCGUUGCCCUAGGUGUAUAAGGGGCCGUCGAGCGACAAUUUAUGAUUUAUACGAUGUCCUUGUCAUCGAUUCGCUCGCUAUCGGCCAAGACGGGCAAUUGCACGGAACACUUGGUACAAUACGUCUGUGUUGCAGAGACGGCAUAUCAAUUAGCAGUCGCCUCUACUUAGGCCGUAAUAAGACUUUGAUGGAAUUGCUUUUGUCCGGGCGAACGCAACUCUAUCCCGUGUCGUUUUCGGGUCAUAAAAAACACUUUCGCCGUCGCUAUUCCCGAGGAGGGAUACGCGAGGUGUUAUAUCUGUUUGGGGGACAUCACGAGGAAGACCAGCUUCCGGUGCUAGCAUAUAAAAAAACCCAAUCAGGGCAUGCAGAUAUUGGAUUUUUAUUAUUAUCAUGGUAUUGGUGUGGGCAAAGCGUUUGUGAAGCAGCAGAUAUGGGAGUUUCAGCUAGCACAUUCAAAAGAUUUUGGAUCG